GUUCAACUCCGGCCCGGCCCGGCCCCGUAACGGAGUCUCGUGGACUGAACGAGGGGAAUUUCGCAGAGGGAAGCUCGCAAAGAGAAGAGAAAAAAGCUCUCAGGCUGAUCACAUAACAGUAUAGCAUCACCUGCCGGCCGCCGCUGCUUUCUUCUACAUCCCCUAACGCCGGCGAAGUUCUUUCCAUUCUCUUGUUGGUUUGAUCAGGUUAUUCAAACCUUGAUACAAGCAUCAGCAAAACAGGCUCAGAAGAUGCUGCGCACAGAAGUACUAACUGCCUACAAAUCUCUGCUGAGAGCUACUCGUAAAUCAUUUGCUGGUGACCAGUUGAUGUUGAAUGGUUCGGCAAUGGAGAUCAGGAAGAAAUUUGAUGAGAAUCGUCAAGUUACCUCUGAGGCUGAAAUCAGAAGGCUCCUUGAAGAGGCAAAUGAAGCUUCCCAUUUCAUAUCAACCAUGAUUGUUCAAGCUAAAUUGAACGAACGGGGUGGCUAUGAGGUGAAGCCCAGCAAGGAACAUGCUGAUGCAACACUCGAGGUUCCAACUGAGGAGCUUCUUCGCAAGACCAGCUAAUGACGAUUUUGAUUCCUACCCUCCGGGGUUCGAGUUAGGCAUAUGCGUCCAAAUUUUGUUAGGGGCCUGUAGAAACAAGUUGAGGAUGAUUUUUAGUUAUCUACCUCUUCUGCUGUUGUCUGUGGUACCUCUACUCAGUUCCUCAAAACAGAGUACGUUUGUAAGAAUCACAGUUCACGGGAGGUUUUUCGCUGUAUUGACCAAUCCAUGAAGCUUUGUUCUAUUUUUCUUCUCGUCGAUGAAUAACCAGAACUCUCAUUUUGUUGAGCAAAACGAUAGCUAGCGAAGAUUUUGGCUCUCUUGUGGCUGGUUGCUCCAGUGAAAUAGCUGUGUUGAACUAUAAGAUGCU